GGGAGGGUAGCAGCAAUGGCCCCGAAGGCCGGCCGCGGCAAGGGCAGGGGCGGCGGCGGCAAGGGCGACCGCAAGAAGAAGGAGGAGAAAGUGGUGCCGAGUGUGGUGGACUUCACGGUAACCACCCCCUACGAUUCCCAGGUGACACUCAAGGGGAUCUCGACGGAUCGCGUGCUGGACGUGAGGAGGCUGCUGGGGUCCAACGUGGAGACGUGCCACCUCACCAAUUACUCGCUCUCCCAUGUGGUGCGUGGUCAUCGGCUGGACGACGGCGUGGAAAUCGUGGCCCUCAAACCAUGCGCUCUGACCAUCGCCGAAGAGGAGUACGCGACGGAGGAGGCCGCCGUGGCGCACGUCCGCCGCCUGCUGGACAUCGUCGCCUGCACCACCGCGUUCGCCAAGCAGAAGCACAAGUCCUCGCCCAAGCACGCGCGCCCCGCGACGCCCCCGUCUCCCCCCGCCGAAGCCUCCUCCCCCGCGGCCAAUGGCGGCAAAGGCGGCGGCAAAGACGGCGAGGUGCCCGCGAUAUCGGAGGCGCACGACAUGGCGGCCAUCGGGCCGCCGCCCAAGCUCGGCGAGUUCUACGACUUCUUCUCCUUCGCGCACCUCACACCGCCCCUCCACUUUAUCAGGAGGAAGGAGAAGAAUGGUGCUGCACAGGAAGGCGAUUACUUCGAAAUCGAGGUGAAGGUCUGCAACGGGAAGCUUCUGCACAUUGUUGCUUCGGUCAAGGGAUUCUACCUGGUGGGGAAGCCGCACACCGUGAGCCGCUCCUUGGUGGACCUGCUACAGCCGCUCAGCAGUGGAUUUGCCAAUGCGUACGAAGCACUGAUGAAAGCUUUUGUGGAUCACAACAAGUUCGGGAAUCUGCCGUUCGGCUUCCGUGCAAACACAUGGCUUGUUCCUCCUGUAUAUAUGGAUGCUGCUACAAAGAGCCCAGCGUUGCCUGUUGAGGACGAGAGCUGGGGUGGGCAUGGAGGUGGCAGAGGACGAGACGGAAAGUAUGACCGGAGACGCUGGGCAAAAGAGUUUUCUAUUUUGGCUAGAAUGCCGUGCAAAACGGAGGAAGAGAGGGUGGUCAGAGACCGCAAGGCUUUCCUUUUGCACAAUCUGUUUGUAGACACAGCGAUUUUCAGAGCUGCUUCGACAAUACGGCGGCUGAUUGAUACUAGUGUACGAACUGGUUCUGAUGGUUCGUUAGUAUUCGAGGAACGUGUUGGGGACAUGCAUGUAACUGUAAAGAAGGACGAGGCUGAUGCUAGUGUGAAGUUGGGGGAUAAAGUUGAUGCAGCUGCCGUCUACCAGACGGAUGCUAUGGAUAUAUCACAAAGGAAUCUUCUGAAAGGUUUAACUUCUGAUGAGAGUGUCGUCGCUAAGGACUCUUCCACGCUAGGUGUGGUGAUUGUUAAGCAUUGUGGAUAUACGGCAACGGUGAAGGUUUCGGGUCGUACAAAGAAUAGCACUGAUAGCAAACAACCCAGUGAUAUCUCUGAUCAUCUUGAUGGAGUGCUGAACAUUGAUGUAGAUGAUCAUCCCGAUGGAGGUUCCAAUGCCUUGAAUGUUCACAGUCUAAGAAUACCACUGCCAAAAAUUAUCAACCCAGAAGUGGCUGCCAGUAACCAGCACCUUAGCUCUAAGACUCAUGUUGAUAAUUAUGCGAGAAAACUAGCACGUACAGUACUUGAAGCCAGCUUUAUGAAGCUGGAGAACACGCAGAAAGAAAAUCCUAGACUUAUCAGAUGGGAACUUGGGUCGUCCUGGCUGCAACAUUUGCAGAAAAAGGAUUCUUCAGCUUCCGGGGAUAGUGAGAAGAGCACCAAAAAAGUUGAAAAAGAUUCAUCUGUCAAAGGUCUUGGCAAGCACUUUGAACAAUUAAGGAAACUUAAAAAGAAUGUUGAAGGUGCUAAGACUGAGAAGGAAGACUCUGAUAGCAACUGCUCACUGACAAAGGGUAUGGAAGAAUCAGAUAAUAAAGCAUUUGACGAAACCAGUGAGGCUGAAUUAAGGAAGCUGAUGCCAGAAGAUGCUUUCUGUCGCUUAAAGAGUUUGGAAGCUGGCCUUCAUCAAAAGUCCCUUGAAGAGCUCACAAAGAUGGCCCAUAAGUUUUACGAUGAUACUGCACUCCCGAAGCUGGUGGCCGAUUUUGCUUCUCUUGAGCUUUCUCCAGUGGAUGGAAGAACUAUGACUGAUUUCAUGCACACAAGGGGACUUAAUAUGUGCUCAUUAGGUCGUGUGGUUGACCUAGCAGAGAAGCUCCCACACAUCCAGUCAAUAUGCAUACAUGAAAUGGUCAUUCGAUCCUUUAAGCAUGUCAUUCGAGCUGUUAUUGCAGGUGUCGAUGACAUGCAAAAUAUGUCUGCUGUUAUAGCUGAGACUUUGAACAUUUUAUUGGGAUCUCCAAGAUUAGAUAGUGAUCUUGAUACAGAUGCCCAUAAUGAGCAUAACUUACGACUGAAAUGGAUAGAGAGCUUCCUAUCUAAAAGAUACUGUUGGAAAUUGAAAGAUGAAUAUGAACACUUGCGGAAGUCCAUCAUUUUGAGAGGCCUUUGCAGCAAGGUUGGCCUUGAGUUGGUUGCAAGAGACUAUGAUAUGAAUAGCCCAAACCCGUUUGACAAAUCUGAUAUUGUCAAUAUAGUUCCUAUAUGCAAGCAUGUCGUUUACUCAUCUAUUGAUAGUAGGAACUUACUAGAAUCAUCAAAGAUGGCUUUGGAUAAAGGAAAACUUGAUGAUGCUGUUAACUAUGGAGCAAAGGCCUUGUCCAAAGUUAUAGCAGUUUGUGGUCCAUACCAUCGGCUAACUGCUAAUGCCUACAGUCUUCUUGCUGUAGUUCUUUACCAUACUGGAGAUUUUAAUCAGGCAACUAUAUAUCAGCAGAAGGCACUCGACAUCAAUGAAAGGGAGCUAGGUCUUGACCAUCCUGAAACUAUGAAGAGCUAUGGGGAUUUAUCUGUUUUCUACUACCGUCUCCAACACAUUGAGAUGGCUCUGAAGUAUGUCAACCGCGCACUUUAUCUACUUCAAUUUUCUUGUGGGCUUUCACAUCCAAAUUCAGCUGCCACCUACAUAAAUGUGGCUAUGAUGGAAGAAGGUAUGGGAAAUGUUCAUGUUGCUCUAAGGUAUUUGCAUGAAGCGCUGAAGUGCAACAAAAGAUUGCUUGGAGCUGAUCAUAUACAGACUGCUGCAAGCUACCAUGCCAUAGCCAUAGCCCUCUCCAUGAUGGAUGCAUACUCCCUAAGCGUGCAACAUGAACAAACCACCUUACAGAUACUUCAGGAGAAACUAGGAGAAGAUGACCUUCGUACUCAGGAUGCUGCUGCUUGGCUGGAGUACUUCGAUUCAAAAGCAUUAGAACAGCAAGAGGCCGCUCGGAGAGGCAUUCCAAAACCUGAUUCUUCUAUUGCAAGUAAAGGACAUCUUAGUGUAUCAGAUCUACUUGACUACAUAAGCCCGGACCAGGAAAGAAAAGAGAGGGACAUGCAAAGGAAGUGCAGGCGCGCAAAGAAUAAUACCAGAGCCCAACAAGGUGAAUCAGUUGAAGAAAAGGAUAACUUCCAGGAUGACUCAGGAUCUCUUCUUGAAGCAGUCAAAAAUGAUUUCCAAGAAGCAAAACUAGAACCGCAGGCUCCUGUUGUAUCAGUAGUAACAGAAGAAAUUUGUGCAGUCCAUGAUGAGCUGAAGCAGGUAGAGGCUUUAUCACCUGAAGAGUAUUCUGAUGAGGGUUGGCAAGCAGCUACUUUAAGAGGGAGGUCUGCAAAUGUGCGGAAGAAAAGCAUCCGCAGAAGGCCAGCUCUCACUAAAUUAGCAGUUGGUCGCAUAGAAGAUGGCCGCACUGCUUCUGCUCAAAGGACUGAUGUACAGCCACAGACAAAAGAGCAUAAAGAGGAAGCUACAUACUCCCCUAGCCAACUAUCAUUUGGCAACUUUUUCAACAGUGACAAGUUGAAUGGUGAUCCCGUCAUUACUGAAGACAAGUCUUGUAAUGCUACGUCCAAAUCAGAACAGAGCAUAAAACCUACAGGAAUUAACAGGCCAACUAGCAUAGCUUCCAAGUUGGUAUCAUACAAAGACGUGGCAGCGUCGCCGCCUGGCACAGUAUGGAAACCGAUUUUGGAGCAGAAGGAAGCAAAGGAGAAGGAUACUGAAGAAGUUACUGUUGUAACACCUUCGUCUGAGGAAGAAGAUAGGAAACUUACAGAUGAAGUUGAGAAGUCAAGUGAUGAGGGAAGCAAAGAGAUUGUCUCAAGUCAGCCAGAGGGAGGCAGUCAUUCAGAGAAAGCUUCUGACAGUGACGGAAGCACAUCUCCGAACAAGAAAACAAGUGGAAGCAAACUUUCAGCUUCAGCACCUCCGUUCAAUCCUGGAUCACUCUUAUCAGUGUCCCAUCCUUACAGCACAGUAGCAAUAUAUGAUGCUAGUGUUGUUCUUCAGACAAUCCCAAGUCAGGCAAUGGAGAUUCUUCCUCAUGCUGUUGAUACUAGAGUGCCUCGUGGUCCUCGGUCCACCUUGUACUACCGUACUGGGCAUUCUUUCCAAAGGAAGCAGGGUUAUACACAGAGCCAGAGCACCAUUGUGAGAGGUAGCACCUCCCCUCCAGCCAUGAAUCCCCAUGCUGCUGAGUUUGUGCCUGGAAAGGCUGUGCAACAAACUGAUUUGGCUAAUGGGAAACAUGUAGCUGACUCAGCGGAUCAGCAGUUGACGCCGCAGACCUCAGAUGAAGUGAAAGCCGAUAUUCUUGCUGCAGACAAGGCAGGCCAAGUGGAGAAGAUAACUCCAGGUAAAGGGAAGGAAAACAGAGGGAAAGAUGCGAUGAGAGAUUCGUACAAAGCAGAGCUGGCAAGGCAGAUUCUGCUCAGCUUCAUUGUCAAGUCGGUGCAUGACAGUUUAGGUUCGACUCGACCUCAGCAGGACAGAAAGCCAAGUGCAUCGGAUGAACCCAGUAACGAACAGAGCAGCAACAUAACCAAGCCCACUUCAGCUCGCAAAGAGUUCGAUAAACAACCCAAGGCAGCCGAGGUGCCGAAGAGCGAGAAGGAUACAGAGGGCUUCACAGUAGUUUCAAAGCGAAGAAGAAGCAAGCAACACUUCAUGAACCCCAUAAAUGGUCUCUACUCUCAGCAGUCCAUCUGCACUUCGGUCAGCUGAGGUUCCCGCGAGCACUUCCUGAGACCUGCGAUAUGUUUGGAAGAUGGUAUAUUGCUUACUUUGCUGUUAGGCGCUUGGUCGCAAAGUUUUGCCCUAUCCAGAUGAGCGAGCAUGUAGUCAAAACUGUACAAAGUUUUCUGUAAUCUCCUUUUCUAAUAAUUUUUUGUAACUUGCGGUAGCAGCGGCGCUGAAUAAAAUGUUUUAUUUACCCUUCUAUUGUAUGUCAUGUAUGACAGAAUCAUGGAGGAUAUAAUAGAAAAUAUUUAUUUCAUCUACAA